AUGACUCUUUCUGCUGUGCUCGCAGUCGCUCUGUUUGGCCUCCAAGCCAGCGCCCUCCCAGGGAGAGAUAACCCAGCUAUCUUGCGACGGGCCUGCCCAGACUACACCUCCUAUGCAUCAACACCGCACGCUCCUUACAGCGGUGGCCCCUUGAACCUUCCUUUUCAGCGACCUGCGGAAGCAUGUCGGACAUUCUCAUCGCCCGCUGUGGAGAAGGUCAUUGACGAUAUCACAUCACGCCUAGUCGAUAAGGAUCUGGCUCAGUUAUUCCGAAAUGCAUUUCCGAACACUCUAGACACUACAAUUCGGUGGCAUACCAACGGAUCAACACCAUCCGGUAUCAAUGCCAAACGAGACGGCGCGCAAUGGACUGGAGUGCAGACCUUCAUUGUGACAGGCGAUAUCAAUGCCGAGUGGCUGCGUGACUCAACAAACCAGCUCACGAACUACCAAACACUAGCUGCCAAGGACAAGAGUCUUUACUCGCUCAUCCUAGGUGCCAUCAAUACCCAGUCCGAGUUCGUCAUUCAGUCGCCCUAUUGCAAUGCUUUCCAGCCGCCCGUUCUCAGCGGCAUCAAACCGGAAGCCAGCACGCAAAAAGAUACAGUUCAUCCUGCCUAUGACGCCUCUUUUGUAUUUGAGUGUAAAUAUGAACUUGACUCUCUGGCCCAUUUCUUACAGCUAGGCACUGAGUUCCAUGAGAAUACUGGUUCAACUGAGUUCUUGACCGACCGAUGGUACAAAGCAAUACAAACAGUACUAGAAACUAUUGACACAGAGUCUCAGCCUACAUUCAAUACUCAGGGCCAAUUCGUCAAAAAUCAGUACACAUUCCAACGAGAGACUACCCUUGGCACUGAGACCCUCAACCUAGCUGGUGUAGGCAACCCGCUAAACGGCGAGACUGGCCUUAUUCGCAGCGCAUUCCGGCCCAGCGAUGAUGCUACGAUUCUGGGCUUCUUUAUUCCGCCCAAUGCGAUGAUGUCAGUACAGCUCCAAAAGACAGCGAAAGUCAUCAAGGCAGCUGGUGGGCCUGCAGAACUUGCUGUAGACCUACAGGAACGAGGCGCCAAGCUAGCCAAGGCAGUUCGCGAUCACGGCAUUGUUAAGCACCCCAAAUGGGGAGACGUCUACGCAUUUGAAGUCGACGGAUACGGUUCCCGUAUUCUCAUGGACGACGCCAACACGCCCUCACUGCUCUCGUUGCCCUACCUCGGCUUUGUGGACAAAUCAGAUCCCGUCUACCAAAAUACACGCAAAAUGAUCACCGAUAAAGCCUCCAACCCGUACUACCUAGUUGGUCCGCAGUUCCACGGCAUCGGUGGUCCACAUGCCGGUCUUGAGAACGCCUGGCCCAUGUCUCUACUUGUCCAGGCCAUGACCUCCGACGACGAUGCUGAGAUCAUUGGAAAUCUCAACCUCGUUCGUAACUCUAGCUUGCUUGGGCUUGUCCACGAAUCUAUCAAUGUUACCAACAUAAAGGACUAUACCCGUCCUUGGUUCUCGUGGGCGAACUCGGUCUUCGCGCAGACUGUUCUUAAGGUUGCUGCUGAGAGGCCUCACUUGAUUUUUGGUGCCAAUGCAAAGCCUUAUACUGUACAAUAG